CGGGGCGAAUCCCAGCUGACGUCACUCACACUCAGACUUAAAUACAAGCAGAGCAGCGGCUGUCACCACAGUCAGGCCAAGUCCACAGACAAGCCUUCAAACCAGGGAUUAUUUGGAUCUUGUGCUUUUCUUUUUAUCCAGUACCAGAUCCCACAUUUACGCACAGCGCGUCAGUCGACAGAUCCUUUGGCACAAUGACACUGAACAAGGGAGACAAAUUGCGGAGCAUGGACAAGAGGAGAGCCAGCACACCGUUCCCCACGAAUCUGCCCAACCUCCACCGGAGGAGCAUGCCCGUGGACGACCGGGAUCUCCACACCACGGUGCCAUUAACGGGAGGCACCGAGGAGCUGUCCAACCUUCUCCGCUACAACUCCUACUCUCCCAACGAGCAGCACCGCAGGAGCUGCGCUUCCGACUCCUCCGACUCCGUCAUUUCAACCGGCAGCGAUGCGGAGUCCCAGGUUUACAAGGUGGUUCUCCUCGGGGAGCACGGCGUGGGGAAGUCCAGUCUGGCACGGGUCUUUGGAGGACUGGAGGAUUCCGGUCACGACUGUGAUGAUGCAGGAAACACUUAUGACAGACCCAUUGUGGUGGAUGAGGAGGAGGCAUCCAUCAUGUUGUAUGACAUCUGGGAACAGGACAACAGCCAGUGGCUGAAGGAGCAGUGCAUGAGGAUGGGAGACGCCUACAUCAUCGUGUAUUCAGUGACCGACAAGUCCAGCUUCGAGAAGGCGUCAGAGCUACGCAUUCAGCUGCGCCGGGCCAGGCAGUCAGAGAACAUUCCCAUAAUCCUUGUGGGCAACAAGAGUGACCUGGUGCGAUCCCGAGAGGUGUCUGUAGACGAGGGAAGUGCCUGUGCAGUGGUGUUCGACUGCAAGUUCAUCGAGACGUCCGCCUCCCUCCACCACAACGUUCAAGCCCUCUUUGAGGGGAUCGUCAGACAGAUCCGGCUGAGGAAAGACAGCAAGGAGGAGAAUGCACGCCGCAUGGCCAACUGCAGGCGGAGGGAGAGCAUUGGCAAGAAGGCCAAACGAUUCCUGGGCCGCAUCGUUGCUCGCAAGAACAAGAAGAUGGCUUUCAGGCAGAAGUCCAAGUCCUGCCACGACCUGACAGUUCUCUGAAGAAAACCGUGGACAGAACUUUUUCUCCACAAAAUUGGCCUCUGAAGACCAGAUGCUGUGUGAAUGUUUUAACACUCUGAAGGACUGGUAGAGAUGCACACCAAUAUAAAUACAUAUAUAAAUAUAUAUUUAUAUUUUCUAGAAUCCAAGUGGAGGCAAACAUGGUUGAUAUUAUUCCAGUCAUAUCAUGGUAACCGCAGACACUAAUUUAAUUUUUUUACAACAAACAUAUUGCUGUUAAAACAAUGUGAUUAGAAUGUAUGGAACUGAAAACCAUCGACUUGAUGUUUGUAUUGACUUUCAUUCAUUUCUCCAGAGCUGGUGGAGACUGAUGCUGUAUAUAUAUGUAUGUAUAUGACCGACACUGAAUAUUACACAUCUCAUUGUACCACACACUCGAGGCACACAGUACACAGUACUACGUCAGCUGGAGGUGAAUUUACUUGAAGUGAGGUGUGCAGGUUCACACCUCGGCCAAGUAACUGUGGAUUUGUUAAUCAAAAACAUAUAUUAAAUAACAGUUUUAUUUUGUUUCCAUAACAUUGAAUUCAUGUUGUGGACUUAUGAUUAAAGCAAUAAGUUCUGUUCUUUCUGUGAAUUUUGACAUUUCUUGGAAAACUCUUUGUUUACAUUGUAUUUCUUUUGCAAUAAAACUUGAAAAAACAAAUUACGACCUGUCUGUGCUUU